ACAAAUUACUUGGCAACUCUAUUAUCGGGCGUACAAUUUUUUCUCAUUGCACAUAUUUCUAAAUAUCUUCCGGCGAGCAUAAAUGUUAAAGAAUAUGUGGAAGUAUUUUAUUUUAAGUUUCCUUGCAGUUCAAACCACAAUUGCUGUUUUGGAGACCGAUGCUAAUACGCUCGUUUUGUUAGAUAAUUUAGCGAUACGUGAAACACACUCAAUUUUUUUCAAAUCAUUGCAAGAUCGUGGCUUUAAACUUGUUUAUAAAUUGGCUGAUGACUCUGGAUUAGUACUCUCGCGAUAUGGAGAAUAUCUUUACAAGAAUGUUAUUAUAUUUGCACCUAGUGUGGAAGAGUUCGGCGGCGAACUGAACGUAGAAAAACUGACUGAAUUCGUUGAUGAUGGUGGCAACGUUUUAGUUGCAGCUAGUGAUCAAUCGGGCGAUGCUCUGCGUGAAUUUGCAUCAGAAUGUGGAUUUGAAGUCGAUGAGGAAGGAGCCACUGUCAUUGACCACUUAAAUUAUGACGCCUCCGAUGCUGGUGAUCAUACUACCAUAUUAACAUCUGCAAGCAAUCUUAUCAAUGCGGCAACAAUUGUAGGUGCAAAGAAAACUGCUCCCUUGAUAUACCGAGGUACUGGUCUAUUGGCCGACAAGGACAAUCCUUUGGUAUUACAUUUAUUAACUGCCGAAAGUACAGCUUAUAGUUACAAGCCAGAUCUUAUUGUAAAGGAAUAUCCACAUGCAGUAGGUCGCAAUACCCUGCUCAUUGCAGCUAUACAAGCGCGAAAUAACGCUCGUGUCGUGUUUUCUGGAUCUCUACACUUCUUUUCCGAUGAAGCUUUUACUGCCUCCAUACAAAAUGUCCAAGAUGGUAUACUCCACAAACAAGCAAGUAAUCAGGAUGUAGCCACUUCUAUAAGCAAAUGGGUAUUUGGUGAAAGCGGUCGUUUGCGCGUAGCUACUGUGAAUCAUCAUAAAGAGGGCGAAUCGCAUCCCCCAGAACAAGCCUACACAAUCACCGACCCAGUAGUAUACACUAUUACUAUAGAUGAAUUAGUGCAGGAAAAGUGGCAACCAUUCAAAGCAAAUGAUGUGCAAUUAGAAUUUGUGCGCAUAGAUCCAUUUGUACGUACUACCCUAAAACAAAUUGGUGGUGGGCAUUAUGAAGCAAAGUUUAAAAUACCUGAUGUAUAUGGUGUGUACCAAUUCAAAGUUAACUACGACCGUGUUGGCUAUACACACCUUUAUAAUACUACUCAAGUUUCGGUUCGUCCGCUGGAACAUACGGAAUAUGAACGUUUCAUCCCUAGUGCAUUUCCUUACUACACCAGUGCUUUCUCCAUGAUGAUCGGAGUAUUUCUCUUUUCAUUUGUAUUUUUACACUUUAAAGAAGAAAGUUAUGUAGCUACCUCAAGAGGUAAUAAAGGGGAUGAUAAGAAAACACAAUAAUUAUGGAAAAACUUCUGAAAUUAUAAACAUAUUCUUAAGUUUAUUAAUAAUGAAAAAUAAAACAUGUAAUUUGCAUAAAUAAAGAAUUCGAAUGCAAACAUGACAA